AUGCUGCCCUGCAGACUGCUCGGUCUGCUGGGUCUCCUCGCGCUCUGCAAAGGCCAGGAGGAGAGCGGCGAGGGCGAGUCCUGCGACAACUUCACGGACCUGAACCUGUCUCACUGCUUCAUGGGAACCAGCCUGUACGUCCGUCUGCUGCUCUACACCCGCUCCAACCUGGGCUGCGGCCGCGAGCUCGACCACCACCGCCCGUCCUCCCAGCCGCUCUUCAACACCUCCCGCCCCACCGCCUUCGUGGUCCACGGCUACCGGCCCACCGGGGCGCCCCCCAUCUGGAUAGACCACCUGGUCCGCCUGCUGACGGAGCAGCAGGACAUGAACGUCAUCGUGGUGGACUGGAACAAAGGGGCGGCAAACCUCAACUACUUCACCGCCGUCAGCUACACCCGGGAGGCGGCGCACAACCUGACCAGCUUCAUCGUGACCAUGCAGGAGGAAGGAGCCUGUCUGAGCUCGGUCCACCUCAUCGGGGUCAGUCUGGGAGCUCACCUGGCUGGGUUCGUGGGAGCGAACCUGAAGGGGAAGAUCGGACGGAUCACAGGUCUGGACCCGGCAGGCCCGAUGUUCACCAGCGCCGGACCAGAGGAGAGGCUGGACCCGUCAGACGCCAUGUUUGUGGACGUUCUGCACACAGACAUGAACUCAUUCGGUCUGAGAGGAGCUCACGGUCACAUCGACUUCUACGCCAACGGAGGAGCCGACCAACCGGGGUGUCCCAAGACCAUCUUUGCAGGUAAAUCCUACUUCGUGUGUGACCACCAGCGCUCCGUGUUCUUGUUCCUGUGCGCUCUGAACCGGACCUGCAGCCUCACCGGGUAUCCCUGCUCCUCCUACAGCGACUUCCUGGAGGGCCGCUGUCUGCAGUGUGAGGCCUUCAGACCGGCCUCCUGCCCCGUGCUGGGGUACGAUGUGAGUCAGUGGAGGGAGACUCUGCUGCAGCUCGGACAAACCAAAGUGUUCUUCAGCACCACGGCGACGCUGCCGUACAGGAAGCUGAACUACAGAGUGGACAUGGUGACCUGGAACCAGUACCUCCGAUGGGGGGUGGUCUACAUCCGUCUGCACAGCGGGAGGAACUUCACGGAGGUCCGGAUAGACCAAAAGCUGCUGCGGUUCGAGCAGUACACCUCCACGAGGCUGCUGGCCCAGUUCGAUGAGGACCUGAAUCCGGUCCAGAAGAUCUCGAUGCGGAUCAACACCGGCAACGUGAUCGGCCCCCGUUACAAGAUCAGACUGCUGAGGAUCCGCUUCACACCGCUGGAUCGACCACAGAGGCCUUUAAUGUGCCGUUACGACAUCAUCAUGGAGGAGAACAUGGAGGUGGCGUUUCGACCUUUACCCUGCAACUCCCACCUCUGA